AAAACAAAAUUUUGACAUUCGUAUUUGUAUUGUUAUUUUUGCAUGUUUUUGGCAUACGAUUUGUAAAAAUUUCAAAAGUUGAAAAUUUAAAAAGUGUGUUAAGUGUAGACAAAUCAAAGUAAAGUUAUGGGUGACGUAGAAACACCAUCAAACGAAAACGUUACUGAAUCUCCUCCACCAGAAAACGCCACUUGCGACAUUCCUAAACCUUCAAUCGACAUUUUGAAAGAAGCCAAACCCAGCGAAAACAUCGCAAUAAAUGAAUCGAAUGAAAACGUGGAAAAUCCACCAAUUAUAAAUAUAGAAACGACUUUAAAAACUUCAACGACUGAAGAUCCAGUUGAGGAAGAACCAGUUGAUAAAUUAAAAAAUGACAACAAAAAAGUGGACGAAAGUGUCCACAAUGCCGAAGAAGCCGUAAUUAAACAAAAAGAAAAAUGCUCACUGAGAAACAAAAGCGACAUUUUCUCACUGAAUGAAAAUAAAAAUGCACCGUCUACGAUUUUUUCGGUUGGAGGAGCGCCCUCAAAGACCAUCCAUAACACAAGUGUCAACUCAAGCAAAAAUUCUAGUUCGAAUGAAACCAUCAGUUCAGGUGCCUCGAGACAAAGUCAGUUGAGAAACCCUUUGACGGGGAUGGGAGUGAGUUCCAACGAUGAAUUUCGAACAAAACCGUCGAAAAGAAAAGAUGGCAAUCCUUUGCUUGGUGUUGGUUACAAAGACGACGACCAAGUGUUGAACGCACCACCGAGUCAGAGAAUCCCCCCCGGUGGUUGGUCAAAAGGUUUAUGGUGAAUCAAAGCAAGAAAAAAUCAAAAUUUUAGUGAUGAAUGAAACGCCAAUCUCACCUUCAUUCUCGUCUAGUUGCGAAACCGAUAAUAAAACAGUCCAGUGACGUCUUGGCCAUUUUUUUCGAUUGUACAAUUUGUAUCUUCUUCUACACCUCGUUUCAUAAAAAUCGUCAAAAUCCGGCAUUGCACUGAACAAAAACGUAAAUCAACGUUUCAGAGUCGCGGAUUUUUUUCAAC